AUGGCGGAGUACAGCCCGCGCGGCCUAGCCAACAUCAUCUGGGCGCUGGCCAAGCUGCAGCACUACCCGGACCCGCAGCUGCGCGCGCUGCUGCUCGAUACCUUUGUGGAGCGCCUGCCGGUGGCCGUGCCGCAGGCGGCGGGCGGGACGCAGGAGUCGCCGCCGGAGUCUCCAGGGUCCGCUGCCGCUGCCGAGGGCGGCGCGUUGCUCUCGACUGAGCCGCCCGCCGCUGAGGCGGCGGCGGCGGUGGGGCAGCCGCCGCAGGCUGGAGCGCCAGCGGGCGAGGGGGCAGGCGGGUCCCUCGCGGCGGCCCUGCCCCUGGCAGUGCCGGCGUCCCCGGCGGCCUCCGCCGCGGCGCCAUGCGUGCCGCUGCUGACGCUGCCGCAGGUGCAGCUGCUGCUGGGUCACCUGUGCGGCCAUUUGCAGCGCGCCAUGGUGCAGACGAUCAGCAACUCCCUGUGGGCGGUGGUGGUGCUGCAGCACGAGCACGGCUGGUGCAUGUGCGGCAGCCUGGUGCAGGUGCAGCUGCUGCUGCACGCGUUCUGCCAGCAGCCGCGCGAGGCGCUGCCCGGCCACAUCCAGCCGGUCAUCCGCUGCAUGAGCCAGCUGGCGACGGCCUGCGCGGUGCACAACGGCGACGCGUGGCUGGCGUGGCAGCCGCCGGUCCUUCAGCGGCUGCUUGGGCACCUCUUCGCGCAGCGCUCGCACAUGGAGCAGCACCACGUGUCGAGCGUCCUGCGCGACAUUGCGCAGCUGGCCUGCCUGCUCAUGCUGCUGCAGCGGCGCAAGCUCGAGGCCGGCGCCGCUGGCGACGGCAAGGCAGCGGUGGCGCGGCCGGGCGCCGGCGCAGGCGGGGCGGCAGGCGGGGCGGACGUCAUGCUUCGUGCGCUGGCGGCGAGCGUGGGGCCGCCGGACACGACGAGCAUGAUGCUCGCGCUGGGCAUGCUGCGGCCGCAGCUCAGCGACAUGGGGCUGCUGCCCAGCGUGCAGCACCUGUGCGGGAUGCUGUCUGUCGUGGCCAGCCACAACCAGGCUGACUUGGAUAAUCGCCUGACUGCGGCCGCGGUCAUGGCCGGCGUGGCGGCGCAGGCGGCGGCGGUUCAGCAGCAGCAGCAGCAGCAGCAGCAGCAGCAGCAGCAGGUGCGGGCCGCGCAGCAGCACGGCGAGGCGUGCGCGCCGCUGGGGCCGCCGCCGGGCAGCAGCACUGACCUGGGAAUGUCCGGCGACUGGGUGCACCAGGAGGCAGCUGCCAAGCAGCUGACGCACCACAUCGUCAGCGCGGAGAACGUGUGGGCCCUCAUCGACAUUUACAGCGCGAAUAAGGGCCUAUUGGAUAUCAUACACCUCACCGCCUGCAUCACGAGGCUCUCGAAGGUCCUCGGCUCGCGCCCCGCCGCCAACAGCCCCGCCCACGCAGCCGCCGAGCAGCUGCUGCCGCAGAUCGGCCAGCAGCUGACGCCGAUGCUGGCGUCGUGCAAUGCGCGGGGGCUCGCAAACGUGCUCUGGGGGUACGGGCGGCUGCGCAUGCGGCCGGAGGACACGUCGCUGGUCGUGCUGCUGCAGCAGUUUGUCAAGCACGUGUCGGAGGCCACGAGCCGCGACUGCGCGGUCGUGCUCUGGUCGCUCGCGCGGCUGUCGGAGAGCCAGGCGGGCGCGGGCGUGCCGCCGCAGCUGCUGCAGCGCGUGGGCAGCGUUCUGCUGCAGCAUCUCUGCGGCUUCUGGCGCCCGCGGCAGCCUGCUGCUGCCUCGCCCGCGCAGCCAGCCGCCGCGGGCGAGGCCGAGAGCAGCGGCGCCGCCGCAGGCGGCGGCACGGGCGACGGCGCGCCCGGGGCGCCCGCUGCACCCGCGGCGGUGGCCGGCGCCCGCGCCGCUGCCGGACGCGUCCGCGGCUGCCGCGGCGGCGGCCGCUGCGACUGCCGCUUCCGAGGCGGCGGCAGCGGCGGCCUCGGCUGCCGAAGAGGAGACUGUCUCUGCGGCGGGCGAGGGGGCUGCGGCGGCGGCCUCUGA